AUGACUUAUGAUUUAGGAUUUGUUGUGGUAAUAGUAAGAUCUGACAUAGUUAUUGGUGUACGGGGAAGAAAAACGUUCGUCAUACUUGGAUGUGAAAGAGGGGGGAAAUAUAGGAAAUACAAAGCUGAUGCAGUGGCUAGUGUAUACGGCACUCGUAAAUGUGAAUAUUCGUUUAGAUUAAAGGGUAAACCAUGUUCAGAUGGGGCCGGAUGGGUGUUGAAGGUGAUGUGUGGACAUCACAACCAUGAGUUGGCUGAAACUUUAGUUGGUCACCCUUAUGCUGGCAGGUUAAAUACGAGUGAGAAGUCAUUACUGGUUGAUAUGACAAAGAGUAAAGUUACACCUGCAAAUAUUUUAUUAACACUCAAACAAAAUAAUGAUCGAAAUGUCACAACGAUUAAACAAAUCUACAACGCAAGGCAUGCGUAUAAACGAUCAUUAAGAGGGUCCAGAACUGAACUACAACAACUUAUGAUGUUGUUGGAUCGGGAUAAGUACAUUCACUGGAGUAGGUGUGCUGAUGAUUCAGAGGUUGUUACUGACUUGUUUUGGACACAUCCUGAUGCGAGUAAUUUCACAUGGGCUUUGGAAAAGCUGAAAGGUUUAUUUUUAACAUCUGAGGAUGGACCUAAAGUCAUUGUCACUGACCGAGACUUGGCUUUGAUGAAUGCCAUAGCAAAUGUAUUCCCUGAGUCAUAUCAGAUGUUAUGUCGAUUCCACAUCCUUAAAAAUGUUAAAGCUAAAUGCAAAAUGUUAGUUCAUUCUACUGAGAUUUGGGAAGUGUUGAUGGAUGCAUGGGAAAAUGUGAUGGAUUGUGCUGAUGAAAGCUUGUUUGCUGAGUAUGUGAAUGGUUUUCAAUACGCAAGCAGUUCAUGGCCUUUGUUCUUUGAAUAUGUCAAUCAGACUUGGAUUAUUCCGUACAACACAUACUUUGUAAAGUUAUGGACGAACAAAGUAAUACAUUUAGGGAACACAACCACAAAUAGGGCUGAAUCUGCUCAUUGGAGCCUGAAGAAAGUUCUGGGCAAUAAUAUAGGUGAUUUGUGUUCUUGUUGGGAUAAUAUUCAUAACAUCAUUAUCCUACAACACAACAAGAUUAAGGCGUCAUUUGAAAGUAGUGUGUUGCUCACGAGUGACCAUUUUAAAGGCUACAGAUAUAGAGAAUUUAUUGGACGUGUGUCUCGAUAUGCAUUGGAUCUCAUUGCUAAGGAAUUGAAAAUAGUGCAGCAGAUAGGUGAAGUAAUGUCGAGACGUCAUCAAGAGUAA